AUGGAUCAAUCUCGCCCUUUGGGGUCUUAUGGGCAAAACCCUUCCCAGCAGAAUUCGUCAUCGCAACAAGCCGGUCCUGUUCUACCACCGCCAGGGGGACCGUACCACACCGUGAGUCAAUCGUCCGGACACUCACUCCCAGGCCUGGCAGACCUAGCUCAAGGCCACGGCGGACCCCAUCAACCCUCUCCAUACGGUCAACACGCACAACCUUCACAUGGCGCAGGCCACUCGCUGCCCGGCAUCGGCCAGGCAAUGCAACACCCCUCCCCACAACUCAACCGCGACCGCGAACGUGAUUCCCGCGAGCGUGAAAUGCUAGAAAGACAGCGACAUGAAGACAUGGUACACCGCGAGCGCGAACAACGCGAACGGGAAAGAGAACACAUGGAGCGCCAGCGCGAGCAGCAACAUACCGUUCAGAGUCACACCGGUUCGAUCCCGAUUCACCAGCCAGUUGCUUCGAAAGUGCAGAACUCUAUUCAUGGACCGAAUGGAUUACUUUCGAGUAUUGGAGGGGCUGCUGCUGCGGCGGCGGCAGCGAAUCCACCGCAGGGUUCGUUGCAGUCUGGUGGUCCUGCGAGUUUGUUUGGGUCUCAGAUGCCGGCACACCAGGAUAAUGGGCCCAGGCCUUUUAUGCAACAUCCUCAGGGGCCUCCGGCGCAGCAGAUGUUAGGAUUUAAUGGUGCUGCUCCUACGCAAAUUCCGGGAAAUGUUGCCGCAUUGGCGCAGGGUCAGCAGCCAAUCCUUAAUGAUGCCCUGAGCUAUCUCGAUCAGGUCAAGGUCCGCUUCGUUGAACAACCCGACGUGUACAACCGGUUUUUGGAUAUAAUGAAGGAUUUCAAGAGCCAAGCAAUCGACACUCCCGGCGUUAUCCAGCGAGUAUCAAACCUCUUCACUGGCCAUCCCGCCUUGAUUCAAGGAUUCAAUACAUUCCUGCCACCCGGCUAUCGCAUUGAGUGCGGAACAGACGAUAACCCAAACGCCAUCCGCGUGACUACACCCUCUGGUACAAACACCCUGUCUAUGGCUACACGGCCUCCUAGAGCAUCUCUUGACUCUGCUGAGGAGAUGGGUCAAUCAUCGGCGACACUGGCACCACCCGGCCGAACCGAUUAUUAUGACCAUUCGCGGCCCGGCUGGCAACAGCCCCAGCAUGCGCCUCAACAAGGAAUUGCCGGCUCAUAUUCUCCAAACAGUCGUAUGAUGGGUGGUGGUAUUUACGGUCAGCAGGGCCAGAAUCAACCUCAAGAACACCACUAUGAGUACGAGAACCAGCAGGCCCAGCAAGCUUCUGCAGCAUCUGCGGCUGCCCUUCAUCAGCAAGAACAGCGAGGCGUUGCGCAAUUGCAGAAUGCCGCGGCUGUUACGGCUGCUGCCGGUAGAGGAUCGCUUUUGCAACCAUCUACAGGUACUGCAACUGGUCCUGGGCCCAUGAACAACCUGGCUGGUAUUGGCUCUAAUGUCCUUCAAGGUACACAGGGAGACCUGAACAAGCGUGGUCCAGUAGAGUUCAACCAUGCUAUCAGCUAUGUGAACAAAAUAAAGAAUCGGUUUGCAAGCGCCCCAGAAAUUUACAAGCAAUUUCUUGAGAUUCUGCAAACAUAUCAACGGGAAUCCAAACCUAUCCAGGAUGUCUAUGCCCAAGUCACACAGCUUUUCCACACAGCUCCUGAUCUCCUUGAAGAUUUCAAGCAGUUCCUCCCUGACUCUGCAGCCUCAAACAAACAGCAAGCACAGGUUGGAAGGCCCUCUCUUGAUGAAGCUGCCCCCACUAGCAAUCUGCGAGGAGAGGCUCCAUACCCAGGCUCUGGUCCCGCUCAAUCACAACUUCCUGGUCGUGAUGUGAAGAUGCCACCUAUGGGACAGUUCAAUGUGAAGGACACCAACAAAGAGACCAAAAAGCGUCGGGGUGGCCCUCUUAACGUAAACACUCUAGGUGCGCCUGUUACAGGCCCUUCUGCGGAGCCUUCUAGAAUGGGUGAUUUGCAAUCCAACCGUGCAGGCAGCGUUCAAGCUGCAGGCAUGGCUAAGAGAGCCAAAAUCCACCACAACAAACCAAUGGUAGCUGAUGGCCCUGCAGUGUCACCAACUCUGGUGCCUGCUCUUCCAGAGCCCAUCCCGCCAACUUUCUCCAUUAUGCCCAACAAUGACGAGUUCGCAUUCUUUGACCGCGUCAAGAAAUUCAUUGGCAACAAACAAACAUUUGGCGAGUUCCUCAAGCUUUGCAAUCUCUACUCUAACGACCUGAUCGAUCGCAACGUGUUGGUCAAGAGAGCAGCAGGUUUUAUAGGGUCGAAUCCUGAACUCAUGUCAUGGUUCAAACGCUUCAUGCAUAUUGAAGAAUCAGAAGAUCGCGUCAUCGACCUCAAGCCAAAGCAGGAAACUGGUAUAGUGAAUCUUGCUCACUGUCGAUCUCUUGGACCUAGUUAUCGUCUGCUUCCUAAGCGUGAACGACAAAAGCCAUGCAGUGGUCGAGACGAGUUGUGCUACAGUGUGCUCAACGAUGAGUGGGCUUCUCACCCAACGUGGGAGUCUGAAGAUUCUGGAUUUGUGGCUCAUCGCAAGAACCAGUUCGAAGAUGCCCUUCAUCGUAUCGAAGAAGACCGUCAUGACUACGAUCAUCAUAUUGAGGCCUGUGUGCGGACAAUUCAGCUCAUUGAGCCUAUCGUUCAGCAAUUCCUUGUCAUGUCUGAAGCGGAGCGUGCUGCCUUUGUUCUUCCUCCUGGUCUUGGUGGACAGAGCGAAUCUAUCUACAAGCGAGUCAUCAAAAAGGUGUAUGAUCGCCAACGCGGAGAGCUCAUCAUUCAACAAAUGUUUGAGCGGCCAUGCCAUGUUUUGCCUGUUCUGCUGUAUCGUUUGAAGCAGAAAUGCGAAGAGUGGAAGGCCAGUCAGCGUGAAUGGGACAAGGUCUGGCGCGAACAGAUGCAGAAAUGCUUCUGGCGCAGCCUGGACCAUCAAGCCAUCACCAACAAGGGCAUGGAUAAGAAGCUGUUCUCGUCUAAGAACAUCCACAACGAAAUCCAGGCCAAGUACGAAGAAGGUAGAAACAUUCGCAAGAGCGGCUACCAGCUUCCUGCUCAUCAGUUUGAGUUUGAAUUUUCAGACCCCGCUGUUAUCAUUGACGCGACUCAGCUGUUGCUUACAUACAUUGAGCGCAACACAGGCUUGGGCCAGGAUCCACAGCGAGUCGCAGCUUUUAUCAAAGAUUUCGUGCCAAUCUUCUUUGGCAUGGAUCGUGAUACAUUCCAUGUCUACAUGAACGAGGUGGCGAGCAGCAAUGAUGAGACGGAUGAUGAUGGUAUGGCUGUCGAUGGCUCGUCUACUCCUCAAAGCCGUCGCAUUGCUACUUCAAAGAAAUUAGACCUCCUUCGUGAUGUUCUCGAGCGUCGUAGUGACAAAGGCAUUCUUGCGGGCACAGGUGCCAGUCGAGAUGUCACGCCUGACGCUAUCCUUGUUCCAUCGACACCAGUACCAGACCCCACAGAGCCAUUUGAUGUCUCUGAGCUGAAGUGGAUGGAACAUCCCAACCAGGGCAACUUUAAUCUUCAGCGCGAGUACAACUUGAACCAAUCAUACGAGAAGAAGGUGCACCAUCUGUACAGCAACUUAAACGUUUACUGUUUCUUCCGUUCGUUUGAGCUGUUGUACAGCCGUUUGCUACGAGUUAAGCUCCAUGAAAAGGAAGCACAUGAGGAUGUCCGUCGCCAGCUUUUGCCCAAGGCAGCUCAGGAGCUUGGAUUGUUGGAGAAGACUCCUACCGAUUUCUUCUACGAUACUAGUCCUAAUGCUAAUUUGUAUCAACAAAUUGUCCGUAUGUGCGAGGAGGUUGUCAAGAAUGACCUUGACGCAUCCCACCUUGAAGAGACGCUGCGUCGGUACUACCUGAAGAGUGGCUACCAGUUAUACAACCUCGAGAAGAUUCUGAGUGGCAUUGCACGAUUCGUUGCUGCUAUUUUUAAUGGUGAUGUGAAGGACCGUAGCGCUGAUAUUGUCAAUCUUUUCUUCAAGGAGCGAGAAAAAGAGGAAACUACGCACAACCAAGAGAUUCAGUAUCGCAAGCAGGUUGAGCGAAUGGUCAAGGACGGUGAUAUCUAUCGCAUUACUUACAAUCCAACGACGCAAAAGACGCAGGUUCAACUGCUCACCGCAGAAGACAGCACCUUUGAAAACGAAGAACUCAGCCAAGAAGCUCGUUGGUCGUACUAUGUCUCAGCAUACACAAUGCGUGACCCGACCGAAGGUGUCUCAUUCUCCCAGAUGCGCAUGCCUUUCCUCAAGCGUAACCUCCCGGCCAAACUCGAGCAAGACGAGGAAUACAAUCGCUACUACCGUCGCCUGGUCCACCAUGACGGUUUGAUUAUCCGCAUCUGCGCAAACAGCUAUCACAUCCUCUACGAGCCCGGAAGCUAUGACUGGUGGUGGCGCCCAACAGCUGCCAGUCAGGAAGAAUCAGAAGAAAACGCCAAGGAAUUGGCCGCCAUCAAAGAACGCCGCCGCGACCGUUUCCGCGAGAAGUUCGUUAAUAAUCCUAGCUGGGCUCAUGGCUUGAGUAAAGAUGAAGUCGAUGCAUUGAAUCAGAAAUUCCGUGCGUGGGUCGGAGAUCCAGAUGCGCCUCAAGAUGUUGAAAUGGAGACUGGUGCUGCUACCGGCGACGCCAAACCAGAGAUUACUAAAGUUUCGUCUGACGAACCAGCGACAACUGCCAAUGGAAAAGAGACCAACGGAGACGCCGAUAUGCGAGAUGCAGCCGAACCGGGAACCACUAAGACCGAGGAAGAGUAA